CAGUCAGAUCUGGCUGAACGUGACGAGCCGACUCGGAGCCGAGCGAGGUUUCCUGGCGGAGCUGCGGAGGGAGCAGGAGUUGAGCGGGUUUGUCUGUCUGUCUGUCUGUUCGUGUGUCUAUCCGCCGCCGCAGUCGCUGUCUGCCUGGGAUAUAAAAACAAAACAAUACACCCCCGAAAACUCAUCUUUACGGCUUCAACGGUCUGGAGACGGCAUCCACGGCUAUGGACCCAUCGAUGUCCUCCUGUUAUCCACACUGAGCGACGUUACUCCGUCGGAUGCUCCAGUGCCCAGAGGAGAGGAGGAGGAGGAGGGGGUAUCCCUAUAAUUUUUCGACUGCCAGGCUGACUCACUACUGGACCGCCUGAAAACUGAAGAACUCUGAGAGAACAAGAGAGUGAAGGGAACACUGUAAAAGAGGGAGUGAGAAGAAAGGAAGGAAGGAGGGAGGGAAAGAGGGAGCAAGAAAAGUAAAGACGGUGAGGAACACUAGACGGGAAGAGAGGCAGCAGGAGAAAGUCAGGUUGGGUCAGAAGGGCAAGAGGAGGAAAGAGUAAGUGAUAGUGGACAAGAGAAGUAUAAUUAUUCAUCUAUUAGGCAGUGAGUGGAAGAAUUUAAAGUCUGAUGAGAAUAAGUCAAGCGGUCAGACGGACAGCUGACUGAGCUUCAGACAAACCCACUGUCCUGCUAACCCUCCAACAACUGUCCCUUCACGGUCACCAUACUGGGAGAGCUGGGAGAACUGGUCACGAGGAGAAGCCACCAUGAGCGACCAGAACGUCGUCAAGGAAGGCUGGGUCCAGAAAAGAGGAGAGUACAUCAAGAAUUGGCGACCACGCUACUUUCUGCUGAAGACAGACGGCUCUUUCAUCGGCUACAAGGACAAACCACAAGACUCUGACCUGGCCUACCCACUCAACAACUUCUCUGUAGCAAAAUGCCAGCUGAUGAAGACGGAGCGGCCAAAGCCAAACACCUUUAUCAUCCGCUGUCUGCAGUGGACGACAGUCAUCGAAAGAACUUUUCAUGUUGACACUCCUGAUGAGAGGGACGAGUGGGCUGAGGCCAUCCAGAUGGUAGCAGAGUCACUAGCCAAGCAGGAGGAGGAGGGCAUCUUGUGCAGCCCCACCUCCCAGAUUGAAAACGUCAACGAGGAGGAGAUGGACACCUCCAUUAGCCACUACAAACGAAAGACAAUGAAUGACUUUGACUAUUUGAAGCUUCUGGGCAAAGGCACUUUUGGUAAAGUCAUUCUGGUGAGGGAGAAGGCGAGCGGCACCUACUACGCCAUGAAAAUCCUCAAAAAAGAAGUCAUCAUUGCCAAGGAUGAAGUUGCUCACACUCUCACAGAAAGUAGGGUUUUAAAAAAUACUCGGCAUCCAUUCCUAACUUCUCUGAAGUAUUCAUUCCAGACAAAGGAUCGGCUGUGCUUUGUAAUGGAGUAUGUCAACGGAGGAGAGCUAUUUUUCCACUUGUCAAGAGAGAGAGUUUUUUCAGAGGACCGCACCCGUUUCUAUGGCGCUGAGAUCGUCUCUGCUUUAGAUUAUUUGCAUUCUGCCAAGAUCGUGUACCGUGAUCUGAAGCUGGAGAACCUCAUGUUGGACAAAGAUGGCCACAUCAAGAUCACUGACUUUGGUCUCUGCAAAGAAGGCAUCACUGACACUGCCACUAUGAAAACCUUCUGUGGAACACCGGAGUACUUGGCUCCUGAGGUGCUAGAGGACAAUGACUAUGGACGUGCAGUGGACUGGUGGGGUUUGGGCGUGGUGACAUAUGAGAUGAUGUGCGGACGCCUGCCCUUCUACAACCAGGACCACGAGAAGCUGUUUGAGCUCAUCCUCAUGGAAGAGAUAAAAUUCCCACGAACCCUGUCAGCUGACGCCAAGUCACUCCUGUCAGGGCUGCUCAUUAAGGACCCCAACAAACGGUUGGGCGGUGGACCGGAUGACGCUAAGGAGAUCAUGCGGCACAGUUUCUUUGGCACAAUCGACUGGCAGGACGUCUACGACAAAAAGUUGGUACCACCCUUCCAGCCUCAGGUCACCUCUGAGACAGACACGCGCUACUUCGAUGAAGAGUUCACAGCACAGACCAUCACCAUCACUCCACCGGAAAAAUACGAUGAGGACGGGAUGGAUGCAGCAGACAACGAGCGAAGGCCUCAUUUCCCACAGUUCUCCUACUCGGCCAGUGGCCGAGAGUGAGCUCCAGCCCAGCCAGGCAGUAUCGUCCCCAUUUGUGGCCAUUUUGAGGAAAACGCGUAGCCAUUUUAGGAAAAAAAAACAAAAACAAAAAAA